GUGUCACACAGAGAGUGACUUGGAAAGGGAGGAAGCGACGAUCUUUAGCGUGUGCGCACAAUUAUUGCUCCCCUCGGUUGAAAACGGACUGCCUUGCAGAUGAAUCGUUAAACAUGCCAGAUCGGGGAUUUUUAAAUGUUAGGGGCGUGAUAUUCGCGUUUCACACUAAACCAGGGGUAACCAGUUCUCCUGGUAGUGUCGUGUGUUAGAUGGGUCGUGACACUGUUGUUGCGAUAAAUACUUUAACAAGAGCACAGUCUGGGCAUUGCAGUAAGUAAUCCAAGCGAACCAGCAAAAUACGUGUGUAUACAUCCUUGCUGAGAUACCUAUUGUAAAGCGUCUGUUAAUGUGUUUUAGUUAUUCAUAUAUAUGCAUGAUGAAGAGAGGACACCUUUCAGCACUUGGAGCUGUAUAAAGAUCGUGUAACUCGGUAAUGUAAUCAGACAGGAAGAGGAAUGAGAAAGUUUUUCACGUUCGUCAGUUUGCAAUACUGUUUGUUGUAAAAAUAAGAAUCAGUGCGUGAAAGACCCAAUUGCAAACCGGUAGUUGGGAUUUUUUAUUUUCAACCAGGAAGAAGGACACGGCAACCAAACCAAGACGAGCGCAAACAAACAGAUCUCCAGGCUCAGUAGGAAAUGGACGCGAGUGUUUUUAAAGGGUGUCGAACCAAAUAUAAACUUGACACGACUGGCUCUGAUAUUUAAAACAGUUCGUUACCGAGGGUGACAACUUCAAAUGACGCAAGAAAGCAAUGCCUGACUACGCUUUUUCAAAUGUGAAAAUGGAAGCCAAGCAAGGCUUCUGAAUGAAAAGCAUGUUGUCAAAUUGAAAAAACAAACAGAGAAGACUAAAUUCCGUCUGUCUAUAAAAUAUAAUUUUCUAGCUUUAAGAAAAAUCAGUACAAUGUGGCUACAGCAGAGACUGAAGGGGCUUCCAGGACUGCUGUCCAGCAGUUGGGCGAGGAGGAUGCUGGUUGGGUUGCUGCUCUUCAUGAUUAUAUACUGGUACCUCAGUUCAGAUGGGCUCCUGCGCUUCUUGACUAGCUCUGGGGAGCCUCAUGGGGCCACGGGAGUCUGCCUGCAGUCCGAAAUGCAAAGAUGGAAACCGCUCGUGGACCGAGGGGAAGGGGUCCAGGUAGCGCCACCGGGCAGGGCGUCUGGACCUGCUGUUGUUGGGAAUGGACACCUCCUAGUGGACAUUGAGAGCAACAAGCUUUGGGUCUCCUCCUCCCAGCCUGGCUCUUCCCCUGUUCUCCUGACCGAGUACCCGCCUUUAGUGGCGCUGAAGCCAGCCGAGGUGCGAUCUGAAGGCCAGGCUGUGAUGCUUUGGUUCCAUAAAGGUUCUGUGCUUUCGGUCCGUUGUCUGCUCAUGGGGCCUACCCAAGGUGACUGCGUGACCCUUCGGGAAGAGUUAAUCGCACACCGCAGCCGGCCCAAUCUAUACCUGCAGAGGAUUCACAUCUCCAACCCUACGGACCGUCCCGUCACCUUUGACGUUGCCUCCCUGACCCCUUCCUUUGGGAGCAAGUUUUUGGCUAGCGUCGAAAAGAUCGAGGACCAGGAUAUCAUGUUGUCUACAGGGAGGGUCCUGACCGAGAAGAAGCAGAUCGUGCUGGUCGUGGUGGCCACCAAGAAAAUGGGCAGCAGGCUUCAGGUUUCCGCUAAGUCAGAGUUUGCUGAGAACGUGCUUUCGGUGGUCUACACCUCCGAGCCCAUUGACUCCUCAAAGCUGGAAGAAACUUUGAGCAGACUGAAGGAGGGAGCCAGGCGAGAGAUGGGAGACUUGAUGAGAAUGAGCGUAGAGGACCUUUACCAGGAGCAUCAGCAGUCAUGGACUGACCUCUUCAUUUCGGGUGUGGAGAUGAAAACGAUCAUGGACGCCCACACUCCCUCCAGCGACACUGUCAACACUACGCUGUACUAUGUGCUCUCCAUGUCCACAGCGCCCCUGCUGGACAAGAAGCUCAGCGCAGAGGAACGCGAGAAGCUGGAGUCCAGCCUGAACUACGCCGAUCACUGCUUCAGUGGCCACGCCACCAUGCACGCAGAGAACCUGUGGCCGUCUCAGGUGAGCGGCGUGGCGCACAUCCUGCAGCUGGUCAACCUCUGGAACCUCACCCUGCAGAAGAGGGGCUGCAAGGCCCUGGUGGCAGCCGGGGUCCACGGGGUCAUGCAGGGCAUGGUGCUGAGCUUUGGUGGGCUCCAGUUUACUGAGAACCACCUCCAGUUCCAGGCGGACCCCGACGUGCUGCACAACAGCUACUCCCUGAGGGGCCUCCACUACAACAAGGAUUCCAUCAACCUGGCUGUGCUGCUGGACUCAGAGGGCAAGCCCUUCCUCCACCUGUCGGUCAAGCCCCAGGAUAAGCAGGUGAAGCUGUAUGCCUGCGAGGCCGGCUGCAUGAAUGAGCCUGUAGAGCUCACCUCGGAGGUCAAAGGGCACGUCUUCCCGGUCAUGGUGACCCAGCCCAUCACCCCUUUGCUGUACAUCUCCACGGACUUGACCCAUCUGCAGGAUCUGAGGCACACCCUUCACCUGAAAGCCAUUCUUGCUCACGAAGAGCACAUGGCGAAGCAGUACCCAGGACUGCCCUUUUUGUUCUGGUUCAGCGUGGCUUCCCUCAUAACCCUGUUCCACCUCUUCUUGUUCAAACUGAUCUACAAUGAGUACUGGGGGCCGGGUGCGAAAGGGCUUUUCAGGAGCAAGGAUGACCCCAGUGUGUGAACUGUUUGAAUUUCCAGCAAUCCACACUGAAGCUAUGGCAGCCACAGAAGCUCUUCCAAGUCCCGACCUGUUAAAAAAGGACGUUAUUAAAUGAUUUGAUCUCCUUGGUUAGCUAGUAAUGUAAAAUUGUUGCAAUAUAAGUUUUGCAAUGUUACUGUAAUGGCCUCACUCAGAGGGAACACUUUCCCUGAUCUUGGGAUCACCUUGAUUCAGUGAUGUUAGUUUUAAAAUACAACAAGAAGGAUUUCUAGGGCUUUCUGUUUGCACACGCAGCGACUGUGUGGUUUGAAAGUCUUCUGAAUGCUUGUAGGAGGUGUUAUUUGCAGUGAUUUUUUUUUUUUACUCAACCAGAAAAUGUGAAAUUAAUCAUACCAUGGCCAAGCAGAGUUGAAAGGGAGAUGGAUUAUGUGAUUUUACUUUGAAUCAGGAAGUAUUCAAAAGGGGCUGGCAACUAGGAUUCCACAGGCUCACAUAAUGACACACACACACAAGAUUGAAUCAAAAGACUUUAAAACACACACACACACACAUUGAAAACUACAUGCCCAUUAACGUAAUAAAGAUUGAUCUGUUUGUCCAGAUUAACAAGAAGUUCAAGCCUGGGCAGUUCUGUAUUGCUGGUUAACUGCAGUGGAUUUUAAUAUGCUGUCGUCAGCCUUCAAUCCCCAUAACACAUUUCACUCCAGUACAAGUGAAUAGGCAGCCUUGAAUGUGUUGUCUCUUUGGGGGCUGGGUAAUCUAGAUUUGUGAGUGUGUUUGCCUAUAACAGUUUAACAGAACAGAUGAUUUACCACAGUGACAAUACUGUGUACAUUUAGCAUGCGAGGAAUUAGCAAUGUAGGGUUUUCCUGGAAAUAUUUAAGGAAUCGGAAAUAUUCCGAAUGCAAUCAAAGUAACGACACUAUAGCAUCUAAAUUAUUUUUUGUUCAUGGUAGGCGGUAUUCUGCGUGUGUUUUAAUAAUUUGUACAGAUAAAAAUGUGUGCUUGACUACUGGAUAUUCCAAAAGAUUUUCAAAAUGUUAUUUUAUAAUACUUGUUUUCUCUUUCAGUAGUUGUCAGAGUUAAUGGCGGAUUUGUCAGCAACACGCUUAAACUCAGGAGCAGUGCCCUUUCAACCUUUUACAAAUCAAACGCAGCAGUUAGCGCGCUGGUAGUUGGAUUGUAUUUACUGUGGCUUGCACUACAGCAACUUACUGAUCGAUUCAAUAUUUACAGUGGGGAUCAUUUACCGUCACUGGAACUGUACCGAAAAAUCCCUAUUGGGGAAAAAAAAAAAAAAAUCCACUAGUGAAGUUUUCAAUAUGUUUGUUUUGUUUGUGGUCCAUAUUAUUUUAAAUUCAUAUAGAUGCGUAAUUAUGGCUGUAGGUCCGUUAUAUUUAUUUUACUUUUUUUAACAGUUAAAAUGUUCUUACUUUUUGAGCCUAUGGUAACAUUAUGAACUCGAGGUCUUUCUAACUUUCAUUACAAAUUUCCGUCAUACUUAGUUUAAACCACUAGAGGUCAGGCUAUAUAUGGGAUAACUCCCCAGAUCCGCUUUCUUUAUCGUUUGUCUUUAUUUCUGUUGUUAUAAGUUUAGUUUACGUUUUGCUUUUGUUGCCAGGGCAGUCUGAGACCUAGUCCACGGACUUUGUCUACUGUGCACGACAUUUGUUAGCUUCAAUUCAUUGUAAAGAAGCUGAAUAACUAGAAAUAAAUGCCAGGCUUGUAAUGUUAAACUCUCAAAGAAUGAGGGUGGGGCUCCACCGAAUGUGACGUGCCCUGUUACUUGUGAUGUGUUGUAAUAAAUGAAGGAAUAUGUCAUUGAUAACGUUUCCUUACAAAGGGCUACACAAACCAUCCAAAAUGUUUCAAAUGCUGUUUUUUUAUGUUUGAUUUCUGGGUGCAAAAUAAAUAAAGAAAAAACGGGG